AAACCCUAAAACAUUAUCUCAUCUUCUCUACGGAUUCAAUCCUCUUAUCAUCGAUAGAAAUGAUCGUCACUGGGUACGAAUUCUUCUAGAAUCUUCAAGCUUUCCUUACCAGUUUCCGAUAAAAAAUGGACCCAAUUGCUUCGGUGUUGGAGAAAGUGAAGAGCUUUACGAAAUCGAGCCACGAUUUAGUCUCCCGCCAUUUCGGCUUCCAUGAGAAUCCUUCUCGCCAGAAUCCGAUUGAUAUCUUGAAGCGAUUACAAAGAGAAGCAUUCUCGGAUUUGAUGAAACUUAGAGAUAGACAAGAGAAAGUGGAGCGGAUUAUUUCCUCUCAUAAAUUAUCAAAAUCAGGUCCGUUUCAAGAGACUAGCACUCAUGUGAGAGGUGAGGUUGAUGUGCUUGGAGCUGUAUUGCUGAUGGGAAACACUGACGAGGAAAGUUUCAAUGGACUCGAUAAAGAAGGAGUGAGACCUGGAUUACUCUCAAGGUUUGUGUUUGAAACGAGUCUUAGGGAGACAGAUAGGCUUGUGGCUGAGCUUGUUGCUGGAUACAGAGGGGAAGGAAAUCACAGUGAUUUUUCAGGGAGAGAGUUGUCUCUAGCCAAAGUCUUCUACAAGGCAGAUAUUAAUGAUUGGUUCUCUGCUGUUGCUAUUCCUGUUGGUGCGCAUUUCAGAGACGUUGGUUCUGAUAUAGUGUCUUCUUACCAGGGAAUGAGUCUUACAGAAGUUUCUGAACUUGGACCACCUCUUUUAAACCAACAUAAUGGUAGCGCCAUAGGGUUAACAUUCAGAAAGUCGAACAUCACAGCUUCACUGGCCCAAUCCAUGUCAAACGUUGAAGUUGAACAGGGUUUGAUUGCACCGAAUUGUUGUUUCAGAACAUUUGGGCAAGUAACCUACCACAUUCUCAGAAGUUUAAAGCUAUCUCUAUUGGGCUGUCACCAAGUUUUAACACCAUCUAGCAACCUCCAUUCUGUUGGAGCCAUUACAGUUCCAGUAAGUUUCCUAAGGCGCCAUACUGCUACGGAGCCUGAACCAUCAGCACCGCCUCUGGAGAUGAGUAGAAGUAUGAAUCAUGUGUUGUCUAGUUCCAUUGCUUUGAAGUUAGACUCUCUAAUGGACGAGUCUACAAAACUUGGGGGAUGGAUUGAAAUUCAGAACUCAAGAGAAAAGCAAGUAAAAUGGUCAGUAUCUAUUACAGACAACCCAGAGGAUGAAGUGGGCUGGGGCAUGAGCGUUGGGGGAGUUGUUGAUGGUUCAAGAAAUCAUGAUCAGUUUCAGGUGGAAUCGUAUCUGAAAUUCAACAUAGGCGAUCGGUUUAGCUUAAGUCCAGGUCUUGUUUAUCACACAAACAGUAACGGAAGAAUCAUAGGCUUUUCAUCUGUCGAAGUCAAUGACCUUUUUCUCAGGUCUCAUUUGAUACAACGAUGUCCUAUGAAGAACGCAAUGGCAAAAAGAAUCACGUUCUCAACUCCGAUCAAAGACUCAGAAACCCUUCUCUGCAAAAGUGGUAUUUUCAGGUUUGGUUUCUUCACUCCUGUUAAUUCCACUACUCGGUUACGUUAUGUUGGGAUUUGGUACGAAAAGAUUCCAAUCCAAACUGUGGUUUGGGUUGCUAACAAAGACGCUCCUAUCAACGACACUUCCGGUGUUAUCUCGAUCUAUAGCGAUGGAAAUCUCGCGGUUACUGAUGGUCGUAAGCGCCUUGUAUGGUCGACAAAUGUCUCAAUACCAGUAGCUCCAAAUGCUACUUGGGUUCAGCUAAUGGAUUCUGGGAAUCUUAUGUUACAAGAUAACAGAAACAAUGGUGAGAUUCUGUGGGAGAGUUUUAAGCAUCCUUAUGAUUCUUUCAUGCCAAGAAUGACUCUUGGGACCGACGGUAGAACUGGUGGGAAUCUAAAGCUUACUUCUUGGACAAGUCAUGAUGAUCCUUCAACAGGAAACUACACUGCUGGUAUUGCUCCUUUCACGUUUCCUGAGCUUCUUAUCUGGAAGAACGAUGUUCCAACAUGGCGUAGCGGACCGUGGAACGGUCAGGUUUUCAUCGGUUUACCGAAUAUGGAUUCACUUCUGUUUCUUGAUGGGUUUAAUCUUAAUAGUGAUAAUCAAGGGACGAUUUCAAUGUCUUAUGCUAAUGAUUCGUUCAUGUAUCACUUUAAUUUGGAUCCUGAAGGAAUUAUUUAUCAGAAAGAUUGGAGUACUUCUAUGAGAACUUGGAGGAUAGGUGUAAAGUUUCCUUACACAGACUGUGAUGCAUACGGUAGAUGUGGUCGAUACGGGAGUUGCCAUGCCGGGGAAAAUCCGCCUUGUAAAUGCGUUAAAGGAUUUGUACCAAAGAAUAACACAGAGUGGAAUGGUGGGAAUUGGAGUAAUGGAUGUGUGAGAAAAGUUCCAUUGCAGUGUGAAAGACAGAGAAAUGUAAGUAAUGGUGGUGGUGGUGGAAAAGGUGAUGGGUUUUUGAAACUGCAGAAGAUGAAAGUGCCAAUCUCUGCGGAACGGUCUCAAGCUAAUGAACAAGUUUGUCCUAAAGUCUGUUUAGAUAACUGUUCUUGCACAGCUUAUGCUUAUGAUAGAGGAAUCGGAUGCAUGCUUUGGAGUGGUGAUUUAGUUGAUAUGCAAUCAUUUUUGGGAAGUGGCAUUGAUCUUUUUAUUCGAGUUGCGCAUUCAGAACUCAAAACACAUAGCAAUCUAGCAAUUAUGAUCGCAGCACCUGUGAUAGGCUUUGCGUUAAUUGCUGCGGUCUGCGUUCUUUUAGCAUGCCGAAAAUACAAAAAGCGUCCAGCACCAGAGAAAAAUAGAAGUGCAGAGCUUAUGUUUAAGAGAAUGGAAGCACUUACAAGUGAUAAUGAGUCUGCUUCUAACCAAAUAAAGCUCAAGGAGCUUCCACUCUUUGAGUUUCAAGUGUUAGCUACAGCAACCGAUAGCUUCUCUCUCAGAAACAAGCUCGGUCAAGGCGGAUUUGGUCCUGUUUACAAGGGAAAAUUACCAGAAGGACAAGAAAUUGCAGUGAAGAGGCUCUCAAGGAAAUCAGGACAAGGACUAGAGGAACUUAUGAAUGAAGUGGUUGUGAUAUCGAAGUUGCAACAUCGGAAUCUAGUGAAGUUACUUGGAUGUUGCAUUGAAGGUGAAGAAAGAAUGUUAGUCUAUGAAUAUAUGCCAAAGAAAAGCUUGGAUGCAUAUCUAUUUGAUCCAUUGAAGCAAAAUAUUCUUGAUUGGAAGACUCGGUUCAACAUAAUGGAAGGAAUAUGCAGAGAUGAAGCUAACACAAGAAGGGUUGUUGGAACAUACGGCUAUAUGUCACCGGAAUAUGCAAUGGAAGGUUUCUUUUCAGAAAAAUCAGAUGUUUUCAGCUUGGGGGUUAUAUUUCUAGAGAUCAUAAGUGGGAGAAGAAACUCUAGUUCUCACAAGGAAGAGAAUAAUCUGAACCUUUUGGCUUAUGCGUGGAAGCUGUGGAACGACGGUGAGGCUGCUUCUCUAGCAGAUCCAGCCGUCUUUGAAAAGUGUUUCGAGAAAGAGAUAGAGAAAUGUGUUCAUAUUGGACUGUUAUGUGUGCAAGAAGUUGCAAACGAUAGACCAAAUGUUUCAAACGUGAUAUGGAUGCUAACUACCGAGAACAUGAACCUCGCUGAUCCGAAGCAGCCUGCGUUUAUAGUAAGAAGAGGAGCUUCUGAGGCUGAAUCUUCAGACCAGAGUAGUCAAAAGGUAUCUGUCAAUGAUGUGAGCCUCACAGCUGUAACAGGACGUUAAGCUCACCACCAAACCAAUCUCAGUCUGUUUAUAUACAUAUAAUAUGUAAUAUAUACGUUUUGAGAAACUCAUGGCAUAUGUUUACAAAUUUUGUUAUUCUGCGUUUGUCCAAUGGUUAGAUUAAUGAAUAAGAGAUGUAUUU